UACUAGGAGCAGUGGAGCCUGGGAAUCCCUUAUAUAAGGUAUCUUUAGAACUGGCUCUUCACACCAUUUGCCUCCUGGGAGAGAAGUCUUUCAGAAUCUGUGAUUAGAGUGAUCUUGCAAAAAGAUGUCCUGCCAGCAAAGCCAGCAGCAGUGCCAGGCCCCUAAAUGUCCUCCUAAGUGUCCUCCCAAGUGUCAGACACCCAAGUGCCCACCAAAGUGUCCUCCUAAAUGUCCCCCCAAAUGUCCUCCCCAGGCACCAUGCCCUCCUCCAGUCUCCUCCUGUUGUGGCUCUAGCUCUGGAGGAUGCUGCAGCUCUGGGGGAUGCUGUGGGUCCAGCUCUGGGGGAUGCUGCAGCUCUGGAGGAUGCUGUGGCUCUGGUGGUGGCUGCUGCCUCUUUUCCCAUCAUAGGAGAUCUCGCAGGAGCAGGCGCCAGAGAAAUGACUGCUGUGACAGUGGCAGUGGACACAGCCAGCAGUCUGGAGGCUGCUGUGGUGGCUCUGGAGGCUGCUGUGGGAGCUCUGGGGGCUGCUGUGGAAGCUCUGGGGGCUGCUGCUGAUCAUCUGGUUCUCUCUACACUAAGAAUCAGUGAAGUGGAACCCAAGACCAAUGAAUCAUCCACCUCAUCUGCAACUGCCAUGGAAUUUGCCUGCACAGAAAUGGUUCUUUAAAAACACUUAUUGAUCUCAGAUCAGUGAGCCUUGGCUCAUCUGCCUAACUUCCCUCCCACUGUUAUCUUUUGUUCAGAGACCAUAGGCAACAAUAAAUUUACAUUCACAGUC